AUGCAGCGAAAGGACCACGGGACCUCAAUGCAGUGCGCUCGCAGCGCUACGUAUGGCUUCAUGACGCGCCGCAUCAAGAUCCACGUCAGCCUUCGCGGUGGGUCGGCACAGAGACAAGCGAGUGCUCUCAGAAGCGACGCCGUUGCAAACAAAGUGCAUUCUCGCGCAGUCUCGUGCUGCCUUAUCACACGCACGUGGCGUUCGCUGCCGUAUAUUUUACCAGCAGAGAAACCGACCAUGAGAAUCCCGUGGCGUCAUCUCUGCCGACCGGCCACAUCCACGUGCGACGAUAUCGUGUCUGUAUUGGCACGUAAGUACCGCGCAGCAGAGGGCGAAUACAUGUAUCAUCCUGCAUGCAUUGCCACCGUUCGCCAGGACUGUGGGUGGAUGGCAAGGUUCACACGCAUCUUUGACUCGCUUUAUCCGGAUCCGGAUGCGCAUCCCAAGCGCAUCUUGCCGCUUGCUCUAUCAUCUCGCCGGCAUGGCACCCAUCGUGCUUUCGUGCAUGGCGAGAAUUCGUGCCAAUCGAGCCAGCAUCGCUGUUUCGUGGCGGACCCAUCACCGACGCGCUCAUGA